UUUUUUUUGGUUUAUAGAUGAGAAUGCAUUUUACAUAAUUGAUUGACAAUCAUAAGAGAAGAAGGGGGCAAACACUCACACGCCGACGAAUCACGGUUGCAUGCCGCCGGUUGUUAAUUCCUCAAUUUCCCGACACUUGUCAAUCAAUUUAACAUGUUUCUUCGAAGAAUUGUUGCUACAUUUCCUCAAUCAAAAAGGUUCUUCACCUCUUCUGUUACUCAUGAUUAUGCAAGUUCUAUUCAAGAACUCAAUAAGGAAAUGGAAUCUGUAUUUGGGGAACUUCCACCAGAUGGACUAGCGAGCUCUGUCAGCGGAAGUUGUGAGAAUAACAAACCCCAUUUGUCAUCUCGAAGCACUGGUGAAAGUUCUUUUGAACUGACUCAUACUGGAAAUUCAGGGGAAGCUCAAAUGGUAGAUGUGUCUCCAAAAGAAAGUAGUCAGAGAAAUGCUACUGCUGUUUGCAAAGUAAUACUUGGAAAGAAGGUGUUUGAUUUGGUAUUGGCCAAUCAAAUGGCAAAAGGAGACGUGCUUACGGUGGCGAAAAUAGCUGGCAUAACUGCAGCAAAACAAACUAGUAACCUGAUUCCAUUGUGCCAUAACAUAGGCCUUACACAUGUGCAAGUGGAUUUGAGAUUGAAUCAUGAGGACUUCAGUGUAACAAUAGAAGGUGAAGCUGCUUCAAUGGGAAAAACUGGGGUUGAGAUGGAAGCAAUGACAGCAGUGUCUGUCGCAGGGUUAACAGUGUACGAUAUGUGCAAGGCUGCUUCAAAAGAUAUAACAAUUACAGAUAUAAGACUUAAGCAUAAAUCUGGUGGAAAAAGUGGGGAUUACUCCUGGGGACAAUAAUGGUUUUGAAGCAUUCCAAUUGUUAACAACACACCAACAAUGCUAUUCCAAUAGAGUCUUGAAUGUGGGUGCAUCAAAAUUGGGGCUAGCUUUGAUGAAGCAUAUUUUGUUAGCCGACCUUUUACUUGUCCUACUGUAUACUUUGAAAAAUUUCAGGUAAAUUAUGGUAGAUUUUGAUUGCCUCCUAUUACAUGGUCACCCCAUAAAUUAGGAUUUAACUCAGCAGUUUAUUUAGAAUUUUAAAGAUAGUUUGAGUAAUAAUAUCAAUAGUUGAUAAAUAAAUCAAUGGUUCAUGUUACAUGCACAUGCAUAACAAAUUAUAUAUGCAUUAUAUAA